AUGCCGCAGACGCCCUUGGAGAUCUAUGCCAGAUCGCUUGCCGAGGACGCAGAUGAUACCCCAAUGCUCUUCCCCAUGUACACCGUUGCCAGCGACGUGCUACUCAAGAUGACGAAGGUCGAACCACACGAGAAGUUGAAGGAGUGCGGCCAGCUCGUGAACUUUGGCGACGACUUGGGCAAAGCGGCUUUCGUGUCGCACCA